AUGAGCAGCCAACAGAAGAUAAUAUGCUAUGGCUCCACAGGAACACGUUUUGGCAACAAUACGAAAUGCCCAGAUUCCGAUUCUUGUUGCCAGACUGUAGAGCAAUGCCGACCGGAUCGAUUGUGCGUCUCCAACAAGGACUCAGAUACUCUCGUCCGCGCGCCAUGCAGCGCCAACCCUUGGAAUGACAACUGUGCCAAAGUUUGUAUAGAGGAGGAUUCAUCUGGAUUCCUUCCACGAGUCAAUAUAUGCAGAGACGGCAGCUAUUGCUGUGUCAAAGAUCCAACCUGCUGCGCAGACAAGCGUGGCUUUUUCUUGAACGAUGAUGGAUCCAUUAAACGUCGCGCGAACGAGACCCUUCCCGAGGAGACCACAUCCGAAAUCAUUUCCAAGACCACCUCUAACAAGGCAUCAUCAACCACGACCACAUCCAUCUCAGUUCCCAACGAAGCUUUCACCAAAACUCCAACAACAGUCCCCACCGAAACUCAACCUACUCGCUCACCGACCUCCACCAUAUAUUCCGAUAAUCCUCAACCCGCAUUGUCAUCUCCCGGAAUCUCACGGCCGGCAAAAUUCGGCAUAGGAUUCGGCGUGUCUUUCGGGGUAAUCUUGCUCGGUCUCGUUGCCUUUUUUGCCUGGCGCAGUCGACAACGAAAGAGCCGAUUACAAGUAAACCCGUCGGCCUAUCCCACCUACGAUCAAUCAAACAAGAUAGGUGAAGUGCCGGUCGAACUGCCUACCCCUCAGCAGCAAGCUCCGGUUUCUGAGCUUGAGGGGUACCAUAGCCGCGAUUCUAGGAAAUGA